AUGGUCAAUGCCAUCUACAGCUCGAGGGAGGGCCAGAGCUUUCUGGAGACGGAGAGUCAGGCCCUCUCCGUGUUGGAUGCCGAUGCCUCACCUUGCAGCUUUGAGGCAGCGAAGCGUGCCAAGGGGCUGGGCUUCGCGAGUGCUGUUAGCGGCACCCUGGUCUUGACGAACACCGUGCUGGGCGGCUCCGGGCUGCUGGGAAUGCCGGCGGCAGUGGCCAAAGCAGGCUACGCCUUCGGUCUUUUGCUCAUGGUUUUGUUUGCAUCUUGCUCAGCUUUUGGCUGCCACCUCCUUCAGUGCUCUGCACGGAGGAUCGGUCAAGCUCCUUGCAGCUUCUAUACGGUCUCCAACGCUGUGGCGCCGCAGUGGACCUGGCUGAUCGAUAGUGCCGUCAUGAUCAAAUGCUUUGGAGUUGCCACGUCGUACUUGAUUAUUGUAGGCGACUUGGCGCCUCCAGCUCUCAGCUUCUUCGGCCUUCGACAAUUGCAUCGUUGGGAGGUGAUCUUGUUUGCGUUUGGUGUGGCGGGCAGCCUGACGUGCUGCAAGAAUUUGAGCGGCUUAAGGUUCACAGCUGCUGGAUCAGUGGUAAUUGUCGCUUGGACAAUCGUCUUGAUCGUCCUCUUCGUUUUUCAGCCUUCAGAGGCCUUUGAGCCGUGUGGCCAUCCUGGCCAUCUGGAGGAUCUUCCGUGCGGAGGUGGUGAAGUGAAGGCAGUGGAUCUCUCGGAGCCCCUGGCCUUGGGCAAGGCUUUACCAGUCUUCAUAUUUGGCUUCACCUGCCAACAGAACAUUUUUUCUGUUUGCAAUGAGGUGCGCAACACCACCCCCCAGCGCAUGAAUGGCAUCAUCACUGGGGCAUACUGUAUCAGCUUUGUGGCUUUGAGCUCUGCGGCGAUCUUUGGAUACCUGACCUUUGGGCCUCAGUUGAAAUCGGAUGUGCUCAAGGACUACCCUCAGAACGCGGUGGUGGCAUUCACAUCGCUCCUCUACUCUAUGUUGGCAGUCUUCUCCUACCCGUUGCAGAUCCAUCCCUCCCGCGCCUCCGCGCUGGCCCUCAUGAACCUGGUCAGACCAAGUGAAGGCGCGCAUCGUUGGGCGGCGGUGACACUGCUGGAGCUGGUUGGCUCAUUGCUCAUCGCCAUCACGGUCAUGGACCUGGGGAAGAUCUUAGGAGUCGUUGGGGCCACCGGAUCCACCAUGGUCUCGUAUAUUCUGCCAGGAAUUGUCUAUGUCCAGACCUUUCGAGAUUUUCACUUGCGGCGCUCCUUGGCACUUGGCCAGUUGAUCUUAGGCUGUAUCAUCAUGCCUGUGUGUUUGGUGCUCCUUUUCCUCUAA